GGGAACAGUAACAUUUACACUUGGUGAGAUAGCAGUUGGGCUAGAGUGCGGUGGGUCCACCUUGCAUACGCGAGUAUUUCUGCUAAAAAGUUGAAAAAACGACCUCCAAAAUGAGACCAGUGACGGUGGGGCUGGUCGUGGUGUGUGUGUUGGUGGUGUUGGUACACUGGCACGGGACGUCCGGCGUCUUCAGCAGCGGCCGGCGCCGAGCGGUGGUCAGCAGCCGCCGCCGGGCGCCGAUCCUGGUGCCCAGUACCAGCCGCAGGCGGUCUCUAACCAACAGGGUGGUGCGGACUGGUGUGCGGCUGGUCGCAACUCGCCUGCUGAGUAGCGGUCGGCGCAGGCGCAGUAGACGUUACAGGAGCAACGACCGUCAGUACCAGGAGCAGUGCCAGCAAUGCACGCCGGGAUAUGUCUCCUUCGACCCCGUCACCAACAAAUACAGAUUACUGCGUUACGGUACCGAGGACGCCCAGCUCAUGAAGAUCUGCCGCAGCGGCAGCGCGGCGUGUAGCGGCGGCAGGUGUUCACUCAACUACCUGUACAGUAACGGCACCAUCACGGACUUCCCCGAUAACAUCGGCGGUGCGGACCCUUACGUCGGGCGUAUCUCAAACACACUGGAGUCUGUGCUCAUUUGCGGCACCUUGCGACAUGCAGCGUCCCUGCAGGUCACCCUGCUGGCCCUUGCUGCAGGAGCGGCCGCGAUGUGGCUGGCCCGCCGUGACUAACGCAACACCAUCGAACCAGAUUUAGUCUAAGCACAAGGCCCAAAGUUAUCCAGUGUGCACAACGGUUAAAUUUGGGUCUAGUUAGCUGUGGGUCUGGCAUCCAGGCCCGGGUUUAGUCAGAACUAUCUUCAGCAAAUGUUACCAAGUAAACGCUUUGCUUUGCAUAUAGACUCUAUUGUUCAUAGACUACAUUUCAGCGACUAUAUUUUAUAGAGAUGUAACUUAUAGACUAUUAAUAUUGUAGCCAUUUUUAUAAAUGACUUUUUGUACCUUGUUUAAUGUCAUCUUAUUUGCUCCAUACAAUCUGUGUUAACAACAGUUUCUAGACAUGUCGCUAUGAUUUUACUUGAAAAAUAACAUGCAAGAUUGCA